CGUACUUAAUAGAUUGUGUUAUUAUUUGUUAAAGAAAAUGACUUGCGUUCUGUGAGUGCGUUUCGUGUAUUGCAUGUGGAUAUCUGGUUUUUUAUGUUAUGAUGUGUUGGUGAUUGAAGCAUGUGUACUAAGGAGUUAUACUUUACAUUUUAAGUUGUGUGCGAAGUGUUCCACAGUUGUUUCCUGUGAAUAAGAGGCAUGUUUUGGUCUGAGCAAUGUGAUAGUGUGAGUGAGGAAAAUGUUAUAGACUGGCUUCAGAUUAAUGAAUUAUUGGUGUAUUGUAAGCAGAGAUAUCUUGCCUUGAAAAGAAGUUCAAAGCGCAGCAAGAAAACUGUUGUCAUGGCUUCACCGAUUCGAAGAAGCGGUAGAUUGCAAAUUGCAGAGAUUAAGAAAAUGCCCAAAGUUCACACUGUGCAUGUCGACCUGAGUGAUGAUGAUGAAGAUUCUGUGGACAAUGGUGCUGCCAAUGGGAAUGACAAUGCUGGUUCGGAUGUGUCUGGAGAUGAUGCAGUGAGUGGGGGAGAUGAAGGUGGGAAUGCAGAAGAGGAGACUGACAGUGAUGAUGCAUUUGAUUACCCACCUCGGAAUACCUCAACUGACCCUUCAUUUUUGGUUGAUAGCCCGAGCCAUGGGUAUGUAAACAAUUGGGUGUUGAAAAGCUUGGAGGAUGUGGAUGGGAUUGCUCAGUUAAACUGGUGUGAAUAUGUGCACCGAGCAUUGAUUGACAAUAGAGUGAAGUGGGAGAAGGGAAAUAGAAAGUACUAUACAGGGCCUCUACUGUGCUUGAUGGUGUUCUACGUGGACCGAGUGGUGCUCUAUAGUAGAGACGUUGAGAGAAUGUCGCCUGCAUUUUUGGGAUGCACAUCAAAGAUCCUAAGGGAUAGGGAAAACAAUGAGGUCAAAGCUGGUGGAUUCGGGUUGGGGUAUGACGAUGGAAGAUUUGUUGGUGAGGUGAUGGAUGUGAGCUCUGGUGACAAAGAUGUUGGGGCAGGUGUAGAACAGGUUAAUGUGGAAAAAGGUAAUGGUGAUGCACCAGAACCAAGGGGAGAGACGAGGGAUGAUUCGGUUGAGGUUUUUGUUCAAAAGUUUGCAGAAAAGGGGAGAGUUCUGGCUACUACAAUCAUCGACCUAGUGUCGUUGAUUGAGAGUGCACCACCUGGUACCAUUGAGAAUGAUGUGUUCAAGCAGUUGCAGCUUGCAACGGGUAGAUUAUUGGGUCUGGCACGACGUAGAGGUGGUGGAAGCUUAGAAACACCUGAUGGAGGUUUUUCUGAGGUGACUUAUGAUGAAGGUUUCUGGAGCGACCCUGCAAACAUAGAUCAGUUGAUAGCGAAUGAACAGGCAGUGCUGGCACGUUCAAAAUACAAGAAGAUCAUGGAGGAUAUGCCAUCGUUUAGUCUGGGGUUCUCGCAAUUGGAUGGAGAGAAUGAGAAUGUGAAUAUUGAUGGUGGUGAUAUCGGUGUUUGCAGAAAUACACCUAGCACUCCUGCAGUUCGGGUUGUGAAUGGGCCAGAGAGUAACCCUGGGGUUGAAAAUGAUUGCAUAACACCUGUAGAAGUGCAGUGUCAUAAGUUGAAAGGGAUUUGGCUGGUGGAAACAGGAAUCAGCCAGACAGGAUUGGGUGCUGGUGUGAGUGAAGUGGGUGAUGUAACUGUGCGAGGAACUGUUCCAGAAUGUCCAAAAGCAGUGGUGAAGCCAUUCAAUGCAGCAAGGAAGUUGGCUAGGACAUUAAAACCUGCGGGCCCUUUGAGAUCACCCUACCUUACACGACCAAUAGAUCUUUCCAAUGGGGAUGAAGCUAUUUUCGUAAAGGAUGGGUUAGAGUUGACACGAAGUGAAAUUGCAUCGUUGGAUAUUGGGAAACAUAUUUCCAAGAGGGUGAUAGAUGUGUGGUCAAUAAUACUCAACCACAAUGAGAAAUUCAGAAGUGACAAAUCCCCACUGCAUGUGUUUGCUAGGAGCAUGGAUUGUGUUGCAAAUGGGGAUAUAGUCGAUGUGUCUGGGGCAAACGUGAAGAACAUGUUUGCGAAUGCGCUGCUUCAUGCGUGGGAUGACAUGGCAGAUGAUUUCAACUGGGGGAAAGCUGAACUGUAUUUCUUUCCUAUUAUGCAACGGAACUGGGCAUAUGUGUUGUGUGUUGACCUAAAAAGCAGACGGUGUGACAUCCUGGAUAGCUCUUCAGCGAAAGCAAAAAACGAAGACAGAUAUGGUGACAUGCCAAAGCGAGUUGUGAGAUUGUUGGGUGAUUUUCUUGAGCAGCAGAAGUUUUUUUACAAAGGUAAAUGUGUUAAAGAAAUGGUUGCUAAGAGAAAUACUUUCCCUUGGAGAGAUCCGAAGGCUACAUUUGACUAUGGUGUGGCAACCAUGCGUCAUAUGGAGACAUAUAUGGGGGAUGGUGGCAAGGGAUGGAAUUGUGGCUUGUCAAAGUUAAAUCUGAAGCCUAUGAAGUUGCUGCGAUUCAAAUACUGUGCAUGUAUACUUCUAAACCCAGUUAAUUCACUGUUGGACAAGGUUUACGAAGAGUCGGAGAAACUCGAAAGGGAGAGAAAGGGAAAGGAUCCUAAGUGAACCCACCUCUAGAAUGGCUGCAUCUUUUCAAAUUUAUUGUUGAAUUAUUCUUAUUUCUCGUUGGUGGAAGUUGGUGACACCAUAAAUUGAUGGAAGUUCUAUUUGGGCACUAGUUAACAGCCCAUAGUUUGGUUUAUUUAUUUAUUUUUAAUACAAUAUGGAUUUGAGGAAAUUGUUUUUUGUAGAUGGUUUGAAUGGUUAUGGGUUUUUGAAUGAAUUUGUGGUAUUGCAAUAUUUGGUGCCUUUGUGGUUUUUUAAGAAUGUGUUUGUCAUUUUGUAUUUUUGGAGUGUUGUAACUGGUUGGACUAAGUGAAUAUUAAACAGGUUUUCUGUUU